AUACAUACGCAGCCCAAUACCCUAACGCCUCCACCCGAUCCUCCUCAGUCGCAGCCGCAGCCGCAGGGCAGGGCAGGGCACCAACGCCUCCACGGGCGGCGGAGCCAGCAUCGCCCAGCCUCCCUUACCGUGCAACAUUUUCUCAAGACUGAAGAGGCCAGGACACGCCGGCGAGCUCCGCGACGACACCCCGACCCCGACCAAACCGAGGAGAACUGGACGCCGGCCCCUUCCUCCACCGCCUCGGUCUACUCGCAUUGGCGUCUCCGAUCCCCCAACGUGUUGGGCUUCCUAAUCCUGGUCGUUUCAGCAGUCCUCGAGGAGGGGUGCGGUGCGUUCAGAUCGUCCAUGCCCAACGCUAGGUCCGCACCCGCAGCCGUGGCCGUCCUUCGCGCAGCGGCGGCUGCCGCCGACCUAUCCAAAGGCAAGGCGAUCCACGCGCGGCUCGUUAGAGCCACUCACUUCGACCUCGUCCUGCACAACCACCUCAUCGCCUUCUACGCCAAGUGCGGCUGCCUGGGGCUCGCCCGCCGGGUGUUCGACGCAAUGCCCUCCCGGAACUCUGUGUCGGGGAACCUCCUCAUGUCCGGGUACGCUUCCUCCGGGCGCCCUAGGGACGCGCUCCAGCUUCUGAGGGUGGUCGAUUUUGGCCUCAACGAGUACGUUCUCUCGGCAGCGGUGGCCGCGACUGCACAUGUCCAGAGCUAUGACAUGGGUAGGCAAUGCCAUGGGUAUGCUAUUAAGGCGGGGUUGGCGGAGCAACCGCACGUUUGCAACGCGGUGCUUCAUAUGUACUGUCGAUGUGCACACAUGGAGGACGCGGCCAAGGUAUUUGAGACUGUGCCCGAUUUUGAUGCAUUCGCGUUCAACUCGAUGAUAAAUGGGUUCCUUGAUCGGGGGCAAUUGGAUGGUUCAGUCAGAAUUGUGAGAAACAUGGUCCGAGAAGUUGGGCAAUGGGAUCAUGUGUCGUAUGUCGCAGUUCUUGGGCAUUGUGCUAGCAUGAAGGACUUGGUGCUUGGGGGCCAGGCGCAUGCCCAAGCUUUGAAGAGGAGGCUUGAACUGAAUGUGUAUGUGGGGAGUGCACUUGUUGAUAUGUAUGGGAAAUGUGACUGUGCUCAUCAUGCUCAUUGUGUGUUCGAGGUUUUGCCAGAAAAGAAUGUUGUGUCUUGGACAGCUGUUAUGACUGCUUACACUCAAAACGAGCUGUUUGAAGAUGCAUUGCAAUUGUUCUUGGACAUGGAAAUUGAAGGAGUUCGGCCAAAUGAGUUCACUUAUGCUGUGGCUCUCAACAGCUGUGCUGGUCUUGCAGCCUUGAGAAACGGAACCGCCCUUGGUGCCUGUGCUAUGAAAACUGGGCAUUGGGCCCAUUUGCCAGUUGGUAAUGCCCUCAUGAACAUGUACUCAAAGAGUGGCAACAUCGAGGAUGCAUGGAGAACCUUCAUUUCAAUGUCCUUUUGUGAUAUAGUCUCUUGGAAUUUGAUCAUCACAGGCUAUGCUCAUCAUGGUCUUGCAAGGGAAGCGAUGGAAGCAUUUCAUGAUAUGCUAUUUGCGGCAGAAAUCCCGUCUUAUGUAACUUUCGUUGGAGUGUUGUCAGCAUGUGCUCAGUUGGGUCUUGUUGAUGAAGGAUUCUACUACUUGAAUACUAUGAUGAAGGAAGUGGGAGUAACACCUGGAAGGGAACAUUACACUUGUAUUGUUGGCUUGUUAUGCAGAGCUGGACGGCUAGAUGAGGCUGAGCGGUUCAUAUUGAAUAAUUGCAUCGACACAGAUGUUGUUGCAUGGCGAUCACUUCUAAGUUCUUGCCAGGUAUAUAGGAAUUAUGGUCUGGGCCAUCGAGUAGCUGAACAGAUUCUUCAGCUGAAGCCUAACGAUGUAGGAACCUAUGUUUUGCUCUCUAACAUGUAUGCCAAAGCAAACCGAUGGGAUGGUGUCGUGAAGGUCCGGAAGCUGAUGACAGAGAGGGGCGUUAGGAAGGAGCCUGGUGUUAGUUGGAUUCAAGUGGGAAGUGAGGUCCAUGUUUUCACAUCAGAGGACAAGGUGCAUCCACAAAUGUACCAGAUCACCAAAAAACUUGAAGAGUUGAUUGACCAGAUAAAAGUGAUCGGAUAUGUUCCAAACUUUGCGGUGGUCCUACAUGAUAUUGAGGAUGAACAAAAGGAAGAGCACCUUAUGUAUCACAGUGAGAAAUUGGCUCUUGCGUUCGGCCUCAUUCACAGCCCUAGGGGAGCAACUAUCCGUAUCAUGAAAAAUCUCAGAAUAUGUGAUGAUUGCCAUGUUGCUAUCAAACUCAUAUCAAUUGUCACAAGCAGAAGAAUAGUCAUUAGGGAUGCUGUUCGUUUUCAUUGUAUAGAAGGCGGAAAAUGUUCAUGCGAUGAUUAUUGGUGAUUCGUGCUGCACUUGUGACAGGUUACUGUUCCUGAAGGAAAGAAGAGAGAUAGGAGGAAUGAUUUGCUACUUAUACGUGAUGGAGGGGAGUCUUUUAGAAUUGUUGACAAGACUAAAAGGGACGACUCAACCACUGUCCUUAAAAGAGAAGAGUGGGCGAAAUCGAGACAUGAUGUGGAGAAGCAUUUCAGGAAGGUCCGGGACUUUGACUACUCGAAUUGGUUCUGAAGAGUGGGCUGUUUGAUUCCUUGCAGAGAAAAAAAUGAUAUGCAGCGAUUUUGCUGUUCCUGCUGCUGAUUAUAUUGGAGCAAGCUACCGGUGUGUGGAGGCUACAGACUGUGUGGUUGUGCAAGGGUUCCAGGAACUGUUUGCACAAACGAAAUACAAGGAGGCAGAAUCACCUCAGGGCCUCCUGAGAACACCUGAAAUUGUUGCAAAAUUUCAGGUUCCUUAACUGAAUUGUUGGUGGUAUGGUUAAAAUUGCAGAGUGUUCCCGUGCAAGCUGGGCAAACACCCCCACUGUUGCAGUACUUCGGUACAUUGCUAACUCGAGGGAAUCUCAAUGCUUUCAAGUCUCUCGAGCUAUCUCGACUUGUUGUCAAUCAGAACAAAAAGAACCUUCUUGAAAAUUGGUUGGCGGAAGACAAGCUAGAGUGCAGUGAAGAACUUGGAGAUCUUGUGAAGACUGUGGACAAUGAUCUUGCACUGAAAAUAUACAUAAAGGCUAGGGCGACCCCUAAAGUUGUUGCUGCUUUUGCUGAAAGGAGGGAGUUUGACAACAUUUGGUUCGUGUUUGUGGGGUUCUUUAAUCUUUAUGAAUCCUUGCCUCACUGUCUAUCCUGUAUCUUGUUGAGCAGGGAGCUGUGAACUUCGCUUUCAUGAUGUCACAAAUGGAGGGAGGUUGUCCAGUAGAUUAUAAUACUAUAACUGAUCUCUUCCAUGAUCACACUGUUGCAUAUCAGUGCAGACUAUUAGCGAGAUAUUAGCUAUGACCAUUUACUUGUUCAUUGUCUCUCCCACGUUUCCUAUUCUGCCUAGAGACUAGGCAUGAUAGUUAGACUCACAUGUAAUAUAUACCUAACUGAUCAAUAGACAACUCAAGUGUUGGCUCUA